GGACCAUGGGAUGUCGGCAAAGCUCGGAGGAGAAAGAGGCGGCGCGCCGGUCCCGGAGAAUCGACCGCCACCUGCGCUCCGAGAGCCAGCGGCAGCGCCGCGAGAUCAAGCUGCUGCUGCUGGGCACCAGCAACUCGGGCAAGAGCACCGUGGUGAAGCAGAUGAAGAUCAUCCACAGCGGCGGCUUCAACCUGGAGGCCUGCCGCGAGUACCGGCCGCUCAUCGUCUACAACGCCAUCGACUCGCUCACGCGCAUCAUCCGCGCGCUGGCCGCCCUCCGCAUCGACUUCCACAACCCUGACCGCGCCUACGACGCCGUGCAGCUCUUCGCGCUGACCGGCCCGGCCGAGAGCAAGGGCGAGAUCACGCCCGAGCUGCUGGGCGUGAUGCGCCGGCUGUGGGCCGACCCGGGCGCGCAGGCCUGCUUCGGCCGCUCCAGCGAGUACCACCUGGAGGACAACGCCGCCUACUACCUGAACGACCUGGAGCGCAUCGCCGCGCCCGACUACAUCCCCACGGUGGAGGACAUCCUGCGCUCCCGGGACAUGACCACGGGCAUCGUGGAGAACAAGUUCACCUUCAAGGAGCUCACCUUCAAGAUGGUGGACGUGGGCGGGCAGCGGUCCGAGCGCAAGAAGUGGAUCCACUGCUUCGAGGGCGUCACGGCCAUCAUCUUCUGCGUGGAGCUCAGCGGCUACGACCUGAAGCUCUACGAGGACAACCAGACGAGCCGGAUGGCGGAGAGCUUGCGCCUGUUCGACUCCAUCUGCAACAACAACUGGUUCGUCAACACCUCGCUCAUCCUCUUCCUGAACAAGAAGGACCUGCUGGCCGAGAAGAUCCGGCGCAUCCCCCUGUCCGUGUGCUUCCCCGAGUACCGGGGCCAGAACACCUACGAGGAGGCCGCCGUCUACAUCCAGCGGCAGUUCGAGGACCUGAACCGCAACAAGGAGACCAAGGAGAUCUACUCCCACUUCACCUGCGCCACCGACACCAGUAACAUCCAGUUCGUCUUCGACGCCGUCACAGACGUCAUCAUCCAGAACAACCUCAAGUACAUCGGUCUGUGCUGAGAAGCCCGUUGGCCUGGGCGGAGCCCCGAGGCCACCAGCCCCCACGUGCUGGGAGAUGCGGCCCCGGGGCACAAAGCGGGGGCCCCAGAAUGUCCCGCUGCCCCCACUCCCAGGCCUCUGGGGUUCCACAAACAUAAAUAUAUGCGGAUAGAUUGCUAAGUAGACACACACCCACACACCCACACACACACACACACACAGACGUGCGCCUGGAGGUGGCGGGUUCCCCAACGCUCCGGGGUCUCCUGAAGACUCGGGGGUCUGUCCAAGGCCGCAGCGAGCCCCGCCUGCCCCCCACCUUGCCUUCCCGAGUCAGCCCCGCUCUGCGCGGGGCCUGCGGGACGUCGGGAGCGCGGCCCCACGCCCAGGCGACCUGGGGAAGGCCGGCUCGGCCGGGCGCGGACCGAUGACCUUUCCGCUGAGCAGAGGGGCCGGGCCAGGGCCCCCUCGUGCGCCGCCUGUCUGGAGCGGGGUGCGCGGCAGGCCCCAGCACUGGCCAGGCCUGCGGCCCCUCAGCUCGAUCCAAGCAGCUUCAAAAUAUGCAGCAAAAAUCCACAGUGACCAGUGGCGUUUCCACGGAGGCCAGCUGGGUUCCGGCUUUUCUUCUACUCGUCCGACGUUUUUAUAAAUCUGAACCUGUUUUUUCUUCUCUGACAUCUUUUUUUUUUUUUUUUUGGCCAAAUCUCGUGGUGUUUCGCA